GUGGAUUGUGUUGUUUUUGCUGCUGCUGCUACAUCACCUAGUGCCAUGUGUUUUUUAGCGGUUUCUUCUGAUUACACUUUUGCACUGUAGCUUCCAUGGGGUAAGGGUGAAUCCACUGUGGUCAGUGUGCUUGGAGUUGGAUUAUCAAUUUUCUCUGAACUUGUGAAUCAACUACAACUUAUAAACAAAAUCCGGAAGUUUAACUUGUGAACAAGUAUAGUUGAAAAAGUGUUGACAUUUUUUCCAACGUAUUUACAUAAUGAGUGAGGAUUUAAGAACAGGCAUUUUGGUCGGCUGCGGAAAUCCUUUGCUGGAUAUAUCGGCAACUGUCGAUGAAAAUUUCUUGCAGAAAUAUGAUUUAAAACCAAAUGACGCUAUUUUGGCUGAAGAAAAGCAUAUGCCACUAUAUAAAGAACUAGUGGAAAAGUAUAGUGCCGAUUUUAUUGCUGGUGGUUCAGUCCAAAAUUCAUUGCGUGUAUGCCAGUGGAUGUUACAAAAGCCGGAUGUGGCUAUAUUCUUCGGUUGUGUGGGCCAUGAUCGUUAUGGUGAGAUACUUGAAGAGCGUGCGCGCUCGAAUGGUGUAAAUGUGCAUUACCAGCGCAACAACGAAGCAUCAACUGGCACAUGUGGCGUGCUUAUUACUGGUACUCAUCGUUCGCUCUGUGCCAAUUUGGCAGCGGCUAAUAACUUUACCAUAGAUCAUUUGCUUACGCCUGAAAACCAGAAACUUAUAGAUAAUGCCGAAUAUUUCUAUAUAUCGGGCUUCUUCCUAACCGUGAGUCCGCCAAGCAUUCAGCAUAUUGCCCAACACGCGCACAAACGUAAACGCACUUUUCUGAUGAACCUGAGUGCACCAUUUUUGUCACAGUUUUUCAAGGAACCAUUAAUGGCUGCUUUACCUUAUGUGGAUAUCCUAUUCGGCAAUGAAUUGGAAGCUGAGGCGUUCGCAGCUGCUCAAGGUUGGAAUGAUAAGGACAUGAAAGAGAUUGGCAAAAAAAUGUUGGCUCUGCCUAAAGAGAAUGCUGAUCGGCCACGGAUAAUAGUGCUAACACAAGGUCACUUACCGGUAUUACUUAUACAAGAGCACUCCAUUGAAGAAUUCCCAGUGCACCGAUUGGAAUCGGAAGAAAUUGUCGAUACAAAUGGCGCUGGUGACGCUUUUGUUGGUGGCUUUUUGGCACAGUACAUACAAAAGAAGCAACUUAGCGUUUGCAUACGUGCCGGCAUUUGGGCAGCACGUCAAAUUAUACAACGUAGUGGCUGCACCUUCGAAGGCAUACCUGAUUUUAAGGAAUAGCGCCUAUGUUGUAAAAUCAACUAGACGUAUUUUAACAUAAAGGCACAUUCAAAGUUUUUACAAUUGGUUGUACAUUUUUGCAAAAAAAAAAGAUAAAAUAUUUAUUUUUCAUGUUAACAGACUAAUACGAAAUGAAGUUAUUUAACGCUUAAAUCACCUAGCCACCGUAAAUAUAUGUAUAUACGUACAUACAUAUGUAUGUAUACACGAAUUUAAAUUGCACCUGAGCAAUAAAGUUAAGAUUUAAAAAAUAGUGAUUUUUAUGGCAAUAUACCGGAGUAUACAUAUGUUUGUAAACUCUGGUCGUUCGUUAAUAAAUUGAAAGUGGUUAACAUUGCAUUUGUGUUGUAUGUAGGAAAAAUGGCAAACUAAUUAAAUAUUUGAGUUAUAAUUUGUUUAGGGCUCUUAUUCUUUUUAAGGUGUUUUCUUAUUAAUACUUAUUUAAAUAAAAAUAAUAAAGUACAAUGAUUGCGGGAAAGA